AUGUUAACCGAGGACACUUGGAAUGAAGUUAUCGUCGCUGUGAAGGAAAACCGGCACGAAUUGAUCUUGUCUGGACCAACAAUAUCAAAAAAGAUAUCAAGUUCUGGAAUCGAUCCGGCGCUCUUUAACCUCCAAAAUCUGAAUUUUUUGAAUAUCCACCAGACGGGAUUGCAAGUAAUUCCAGAAGAAAUUGGAAAACUUGUCAAUCUUACCAGCCUUGUGUUGCAUUCAAAUAAUCUCGAGAAACUGCCGAGUUCGAUAAAAAAUUUAACCAAACUCAAGGUGCUCGACUGCUCCCGGAACAAGCUGUCACAUCUUCCUCAGGAAAUUAGCCGAAUGCCGCAGCUUGCUACUGUCAAUUUGGGAUCGAAUCUUCUCACUGAUUUGCCCUCGCAAGCUUCUAAUCUAAAAUUGGCUUUGUUGGAUCUCUCAAAUAAUAAAUUCGAUCAUUUUCCCGAUGUUUGUUACGCGGAACUCGUGCACCUUGCGGAAAUCAGAGUGAAUGGAAAUUUGAUCAAGGAAAUUCCGGCCAACAUCAACGUUUUGGGAUCCUUGAAACUACUCGAUUUGGCUGAUAAUAAAAUUGCUGUCGUUCCUGGUGAAUUGGCAGACUGCACAAAACUAAAGGACUUGAACCUGAAAGGUAACAGUCUCUCAGACAAACGAUUGCUAAAGCUCGUGGAUCAAUGUCGCACAAAACAAGUCCUCGACUACGUGCGACAACACUGUGCCAGAUCCGACGGGGAUUCUGGCGGAGGUGCCGGAAAUAAGUCAAAAAAGGGGAAGAAAUCUAAUAAAUCCUCAGAAAAUGAGAACAUUGCCAACAUUGAAAAAUUAACCCACGAAUUAAAAGUGCUUAAAGUAACAGACGAGGCUCCAAAGAUCGCAAUCACCGAACAAGUUAAAGCAGUUCGACCUCACAUUAUUGCCUGUAUCGUCAGGAAUAUGACAUUCACGGAAGAGAGCUUCAAAAAGUUUAUUCAGUUGCAAACGAAGCUUCACGAAGGCAUUUGCGAGAAAAGGCAGGUUGCUACUUUAGCGACUCAUGAUUUAAAUCUCCUCGUCUCAGGAAAUAUCACCUACACGGCAAUGCCACCCCAAGAGAUUCAAAUCAAGCCUCUGAAUCGAACUAAAAAUUACUCAGGUGCGGCUCUUUUCCGCAAAUUGCAAACAGAAGCGGAGAAUUUGCGAAAGGAGAAAAAGCGAAAUGCUUAUUCAGGAAUUCACAAGUAUUUGUAUUUGAUUGAAGGGAAGCCACUUUUUCCGUGUCUUCUCGAUAACGAGAUGCAAGUCAUUUCCUUUCCACCAAUUACAAAUAGCGAUAUUACAAAAAUGUCGGCGAGUACGAAAAAUAUGUUAGUGGAAGUCACGAGCGCGACUUCACAGCAAAUUUGCAGACAAGUAAUGGACCAGUUCCUGAAGGAACUCGUAACCCUGGGACUAGGGUGCUCACUAGACUCGAGCGAUUCUGAAGAAUUUCACAAACUGAUAGUAGAGCAGGUGAAAGUUGUAGAUAUGGAAGGAAAUAUGAAACAAGUUUAUCCUUGCAGGACAGAUUUAAACUUUGAGGACAACAGUAUCGCGAUAAAUCGCGAGUAAACACACCCACGACUUUUAGGAAUAUAUAAUAAAAUAUAUUUAAUUGUCUACUACACACUGUCGACAAAAAUUACAAAUCAGAAAUCACGAGCUCCUCCUCUAAAUGUAAAGAAUCUUCAUUCUUUUUCUGUUCUGAAACAGAUUCUUUUUCAUUUCUUUUUACUUUCUUCAAAUCUAUUCGAAUGUAUAGGAUUUAUAAACCUUUUUAUUUCGUUACAUUCAAAUUGUUACCGAGAGCACAGUUCUUGCACAAAAUAUUUCUUUAUUUUUGCACGUUUUCUAAGGAAUUUUGUUGUUGUUGCGAUUUGAAGGGAGAAUCAAGAAUUAAAAGUGAAGUUUUUGCCAUUUUUUUUUUUUUGCAUUUUUAAUUUCUCAUUUUUUUAAACAAUUUAUUUCGUAAAGUUUAUUUAAUGAACUUUUGCUUUUUUAGUUAAGACUUUAUAGAUUGUAGAUUGAACAAAAUGAAAAAAGAGUACCAUUUAAAGUUACUCUAUUUUUGGAUUAGGUUUUGAUUUAUUUAUUGAUUUGAAUAAUAAAUAUGUAUUUCCUAAAUAUUUAUAGGAGCAAAACUGAAAAAUAAAUUUAAAUAUUUUUAAGGAAA